AUGGCACAGUCUCUGAUUAUGCAAUCCUCUAUGCUGGGCGCCGGUGUAGAGGAUACAGCGAGUUUGUUCUCCCCCGACCACAGUAGCGUCAUUCGCAAGGGACUGGUCAAUGGAAAUGGCAUCAAAUCGCGAAACAGCGACAACCACAAGGACAUGAUCAUAUCAUCGGGCAUGACGGCGCCCACUGAUGUCUUCUGCUCGGUGCCCGGCCGCCUGUCGCUGCUCAGCUCCACCUCCAAGUACAAAGUCACCGUGGGCGAGGUGCAGCGUCGCCUCUCACCUCCCGAGUGUCUCAAUGCCUCACUGCUCGGUGGCGUUCUCCGAAGGGCCAAAUCUAAAAACGGCGGCAAGUCACUGCGCGAAAAGCUGGAGAAAAUCGGUCUCAAUUUACCGGCCGGUCGAAGGAAAGCUGCCAAUGUUACCUUGCUCACAUCGCUGGUUGAAGGCGAAGCCAUUCACUUGGCGCGAGACUUUCGAUACGUCUGUGAGACUGAGUUUCCCUCCCGGCAGAUUGCUGAAUACUUAAAUCGAAGUCACACAGAUUCUGAUCUGUUCAGGAGAAAGGAGUUGAUAAUGGCGACAAAGCAAGUCCUCAAGGAAUUUGUAGAACUGCUCGGCCAGGACCGCUCUCCGCUGUGCAACAGUCGAGUGCAGCCAGUGCUCGACACGAGCAUCCAGCGCAACCUGACGCACUUCAGUCUGAUCACGCACGGCUUCGGCAGUCCAGCCAUAGCUGCGGCUCUCACCUCAGUGCAGAACUUCCUCAACGAGUCACUGAAGUACCUCGACAAGCAGGGGGCGUCCGGGGGCGGCUUUCAAAACUCGGGCGGCGGUGGUGGUGGUGGUGGCCACCUCCACGGCAACUCCACCGGCGGCCUGCUGGAGCCGAAGAAGGAGAUUGAUUUAGUCAUGUCGAAAAAGUAG